GUGUUGUGGAUCCAGGUGUGUGAGGAGGGAACAUGUGGGGCCAUACGCAGGUGUCUCUGGUGUUGGUGGCUCUUGUUGUGUUGGCCACAGUGGUAAACACUCAGAAACCGAUAAACAUACUGGACCUGCCGGCAGGGUCUUCCUGCACAGCUCACACAGGCGGCCCCGGAACCUGUAUUAAUAUCCGCAAGUGUCCAUUUGUUGGUCAGACGUACCGCCUCAACAUGCCAGUCAUAUGUGGGUACAGCGGCGUCUUCCCCAUUGUCUGUUGCCCUUCAACUGAAGCGGUCGUCGGGGACAUCUCUCCACCUGCCGUCAACUUCCAAUGUGGAACAAACCUCCAGAGAACUUUUAGCUUGUUACUCGAGAGUCCUGAUGAGGAGUUCAUCUUGAGGCCUGACGCUACCAGCAGCAGUCACUUCUCGUCGGAUGAAUUUCCUGUUCCCACCACGACCAUGAGGCCUAAGAGACCCACUACUCCCUCGGGGUCUGGCAUCCCCAGUCGACGUCGCCCUGGGAUUCCCAAGGCCGCUUAUAGUGAUCCGUUGGCGCGUGUGAAACGUCCACUUUCUUCUGCAAAGCGCCAACAAGGUGGACCGGCCGCAAAAGUACAACCUACGGUUUCAGCAGAAGCCUUUGAUAGUGUUGUCCCUCGCGUAGUUGGUGGAGUAAUAGCAGUAAAGAACGCCUGGCCAUGGAUGGCGCUGCUCGGGGACACCAAUGAACAGGGCAAGAUCAUUUGGUUCUGUGCAGGAGCGCUCAUCAACGAGCAGUGGGUCCUUACCGCUCUUCAUUGUUUCUUGUCCACGAAAGCGACAGUGGUGCGCCUGGGUGAACAUGACUACAAUGAUGACGGAGACGGAGCCGCUCAUGAGGACUUCGGUGUGGCAGAGACCAUCUUGCAUCCUGACUACGUGCACCCCCAGGGCUACCACGACCUAGCUCUUCUCAAGCUAAACCGUAGAGUGAUAUUGAAGCCAUUCAUCAACCCGGUGUGUCUACCGUGGGGGCAGGAGAGCAUGAACGACCUGACUGGCACGAAGGCUACUCUUACUGGCUGGGGUGCCACUCAGUUUGCUGGUGAGCCAAGCUCUGUGCUGCAGGAGGUGGAGAUAACAGUAUUCCCAUCCUCAGACUGUGACAAGAGUUACUCUACUCUAGAGGAUUAUCUCAAAGAGUUCCCAAGAGGUAUCGGGAAGGAGACCGUGUGUGCUGGAGACCGAGCGGGAGGAAGAGACGCCUGCCAGAGAGACUCUGGUGGCCCCUUGGUGUCGAGGAACUCAGCUGGGCAAUACACUAUGGCAGGCGUCGUGUCUCGUGGGGUUGGCUGUGGCCUCAAGGACUUCCCCGGCCUGUACGCCAACAUCCGUGAGGAGCAGUACCUCGCCUGGGUCAAGAAGACUGCCUUCUAAGAGCACCUUCCUCCUUCACAAGAAUUUUAUAAGACUUUCUGACCAAAUUUGAAAUCCAUUGAUAAACAUAGACCUAUAGUUGCAUAUAAGUUCAUCUCCUUGAAUUGGUAAAUGUUAUUUGAGUACUGAACAAGUGUGACCAUUAUUAUAUGAUACCGUUCACCAUGCCCAGUUAUGAACAAGUUAUGUGUUCCCCCUGAACCAUGUUAUAUGAAGAACAAUCAAGUUCAAUAUCAAGUUAUAAAGUUCUUACUGAGGAUCCAUUACGUUAUUUUAUGCUAUCAUUCUAGAAUAAAUAUUGAUCACCUGACACAA